UUCACAGGCUAACAUUGGCCAGAUGGAUUCAGCUGCAGAGCAGUGGAAGAUGAUCACCGGAAAUCUGGCACUAAUUCAGGUCCAGGCCACUGUGGUGGGUUUUCUGGCAUCUGUGGCUGCUGUGGUGUUUGGAUGGAUCCCUGAGGGUCACUUCCGACUUGAUCAUGCUGUCCUCCUGUGUGCCAGCAGCAUGGCAACAGCGUUUAUAGCUUCCCUCAUAUUGGGGGUAAUCAUGGUCGGUGUAAUUAUUGGCUCAAGGAAAAUUGGUAUAAAUCCUGAUAAUGUGGCCACUCCCAUUGCUGCUAGUCUUGGGGACCUCAUCACCUUGGCACUGCUCUCUGGAAUCAGUUGGGGUCUUUACAUACAGCUACAAGAACAUCCUUACAUCAACCCACUAGUGUGUGCUUUCUUUGUGGCUUUGACACCUCUGUGGAUCAUCAUAUCAAAGAAGAACCCAGCCACACGAGAGGUCUUAUACUCCGGUUGGGAACCUGUUAUUAUCGCCAUGACAAUUAGCAGUGUUGGUGGACUGAUUUUGGAUAAAACCGUAUCCGAUCCAAAUUUUGCAGGGAUCGCUGUUUUCACUCCAGUUAUCAAUGGUGUUGGUGGCAACCUGGUGGCAGUGCAAGCCAGCAGAAUUUCUACCUUCCUCCACCUCUCCAGUAUGCCUGGCGUGGGACCGGAAAACAUGCACAAAACCUGCCCAAGUCCUUGUCGUACUUUCUGUAGCUCAGAUUUGAAUUCGAGAUCAGCUCGGGUCUUGUUCCUUCUAGUUGUCCCUGGACACCUUGUCUUUCUAUACACUAUUAACUCAAUGCAGGGGGGACACACAACACUAACGCCAAUAUUUAUUGUGUUCUACAUGAUGGCUGCUUUAUUGCAAGUGCUAAUUCUGCUCUAUGUUGCCGAUUGGAUGAUUCAUUGGAUGUGGGGGCGGGGAAUGGAUCCAGAUAACUUCUCAAUCCCUUACCUGACGGCUCUGGGCGACCUCCUGGGAACAGGGUUCCUGGCACUCAGCUUCCACAUUCUCUGGCUGAUCGGUGAUCGAGAUGCAGACGUCGGUGACUAGAAUGAAGGUUCCUCAUAACAUGGGGAGUAAAAUCAUCAAGUGCAAUUCAAUGAAGGAGACUUUAAUGAAAUUUUAUGCAAUGGAGACUGUAUCAUGUGCAGCCCAUGUGCAGCAACCAAUGGAGAUACAUGUAUACACUAUAAAUACUGUUUAAUUAGGAGAUAUCAAGUUGGAAUCCCCACCUGUGUGUUAACUGGAUUCUGCAGCAUGGCUACAUAUGGUAAACUGGAUACUAACUUCACAACUGAAAGCUGCUAAUUCGAAUUGAAGGUGGUUAUUUUUUUUGGACUCCAGAGAUGCAAACUGUUAAUUGGACUUUUAAAAAGUAUAUCCUUAUUUCCUAAAUGCAAAGAACAAUCUUCCUGAGGCAUCUUGUUGUCUCAGUUGGUCAUCCAUGAGGGGGUUUUCUGGAAUAACAAGGUGGGAUGUAUAUUUUACACUUUUUUUAAGGGAUAAUUACGAAUUCACUGAGCAUGGUCAAUGUUGGGGGUGCAUUGUGCAAGUGUGCUUCAUCUACAUUGCUGGAUGUGGAAGAAGUCUAUAAUAUAUCGAGCUUAUUUAUUUAUAUAUAAUAUAAUAUAAAAUAUAUAACAUAUGUUAUAUACAAUAUAGUAUAUUAUAUAUAAGCUAUAUAUAAUGUUAUGUAUAUAUAAUGUGCAUGUAUAUAUACAUUUUCAUUGUCUGUUUGUUAGAAGCUGCCAGAUCCAAAGCAGGUAACACUUAGAAUCAAUUUGAUGCUCCUGAUGAAUUAUUUAACCCAAGUCCACAUCUGACCAGCUGCCCAACAAGGACCUAGUGUUGGGGUAGAUGGGAAACUCCACGAAUGCUUAAAAUCCGAUGUCUGGCUUUACGUGGUUAAGUGUAAAAUUUGUCUUUUGAAAGGCACCCAACCCAUUGAUGCUAAAGCAGAAAGUUACCAGCUGCAGCUGGCUGGUUAAUCCAGGCCCAGGAUUUUGGGGAGAGGAAACAUGGCUGACUGAAAUGAGUUAAGCUGUAUUGUUCAGUUGCAAAAUGGUUUGACUUCCUUUGUCAUCAAGAUUUAAUAUACACCCUACCAGCCAGUGUGUUGAUCUAAAUGUUGAAUUUUAGGAUAUAUUACAUUUUUAUUGUAAAAUUACUUUGAACAUUGGUAAAUUAAACCAAUAAGUGCCAGCAUAGUGUUAACAUGCCAGUUUGACUGACUCUGAAGCCAGAGUUAUCACUGAUAAUUCUGAAGAGAAUUGUGCUGUUAUCACAGUAGCUGCUUUCAAUGAGUGUCCUGUCAUACAGCAUUUCUAUUGAUUUAAAUUAUUUAAUUUUUGUUGUGCUCAAGAGUUCACAAUUGGUCUCAGAGGCCUUUGAUUUUAAAUAGAAUAGUAUCCCUAGUUCUACAACUAUUCCCCUCUUUCUUGUCCUUGCUCAUUGACAGUGCUAUUUCUUAAUCUUUUAUUUGAUUAUUUUGAACAAGAUGGUAGAAUGGUUUAGUACUGAUAUCAUCUGUGACCCCCACCAGUUCUUUGUCCUCUGUUGAUGUGCAGGGUGUGUUUUUUCUACCCCCCCACCCCAAUCCCCUUUAGUCACUUGCACUGCUAGAGUCUCCCCUCCUGGUGGACCUGAAACCAAAACGUAGACUGUUUCCAAAAUAUUGUGCUUAAGCUCUUAAAAUGUUUAAAGAUAUGUAAACCUUUACCCAAAAUUGCACCACAGUUUCCAUGUAAUUACAUUAAAGUGACCACAAUCCCGAUUUAAAAUGAAUUCAAGUUAAUCCAACUAAAUGUUAAAGUACUUCGUAUAAUGUCAUUAAAAUCUUUCCUGUGGAUAUGCCUUAUUGAUGUGUGGAUGCAUAUAUAGAGUAUAAGCAUAAGCCAGAACUGCCUGUGCUUGAUGUUGGUAUAAAUGUGCUCGUGAAGCUGUGUGUGCGUCACAUCCAAUUGAUGGAGGGUUAUCACAGCCUUCCUGAAAACCUCAAUGCAUUAAUUGCUUAGAUGUCAACUUUUGUUGUAGUUCACCUUUUUAGGAAAAUACCAGAUGACUCUUAAUUACUGCUACACACAAAGUUAUGGACCAUAAGAAUCUACAAUAUCCAUUUGGUGAAUUUUUUUAUAUUAUCCACAGUUCCUGAUUAAUCUAGACACUUUUUUAAAGAAAGGAUAUGUCAAAUCAUAAUAGUUACCUUCCUGUUUUCUGAAGGAAAUUACAUUUAUUCUGAAAAUUCAAAUGUUUUCUUUUGGUAUUUAAAAAAUCACAAUUAUGUCCCUGGGCAUCAGUUUCCCCAAUAAGUGAUUCUACUGAGGAGUGCUAACAAUAUAUAAGUACUUUAACAAUUGUUAAAUCUGUUUGAAAGAAUUGUAUCUAUUAAAUGAAUGCACACUGUAUAAAAUGAACAAAUGGAGGAUAUAGUUGUAUUUUUGCAGACCAGGACACAUAUUUUAAAAUUUUUAGGCUUUCCUCUUUUUUUACUGCUGUGUUAAAACAAGAGAAAAUUGCCAACUUAAUUGUGAUUCUUCUGUUCGUUGGUGACAGCUGACUAAUCUGGGAUGAAGAAAAUCAGGACAAUUGUACUGAAUCUGCUAGUUUGCCACUGUUACGGUCAAUUAGACCGACAAAAAAAAAGUGUAUUCAGUGCAAUCAUUCAGUCAGUCUUAAAACUAACACCCCACAGGGAAACAUGUUACAUUUUGUUAUCAGUGUUUGUCGUGUGUUCUGAUUUUUGUUUUUUGUCUGUGCUCUUGUCACUUUUUUUUUCCUGUGGGAUGAAAUCUAUAAACGUAUGACCGAAUCAGAAUAUUUGUACUGAGAGCAAACUACAUUUGUGUUGUCCUAAUUUCAUUCUUGUACUGUGAAUGGAAUUUCUUCCAGAUCCAGCCCUGUCGUGCUCAGUAUCCUGAGCCAGUUUCCUGCACAGUAUAGCCAAAAUUAAUAUUUAUAUUCUAAAUUGCCAAGAUGUCGUGAACGUUUUGGGAGUCUGUAUUUGAUAAAAAUAAAAUGUCGUACAAUGGUGAA